AAAAACCCUUUCCUAUCUCUAAAACCCGAGUAGGGACGCCUCUCCUACCUACGAUUACGACGACGAAAAAAAAGUAGUCCAAGAAGAAGAAGAACGAUUCGCCACCACGAACAACCAACGAUGAGCUCCUUCAACGGAAACAACAACAAUCUCCUACUCCAAACCCUACUGGGCCGCCUCCAAAUCCGUCCCCAAACCUCCCCUUUCCUCUCCCAAUCCCUAGACGACCUCCUCCUCUUCAAAUCCGACCACAGCGACAACGACGAAGACGAAGAAGAAUACACUUUCGAUUCCCACAACAAUCUCGAACGAGAAGAAGCCAAGCUGGAGAAGGAGCUGAUCCGCGUCAUCGUCUCUGGUCGAAUCGAUUCUCUGAAGCCGAACUCGGGGCAGGCAGUUACGGUCAACGAGCAUCACAUCUGCGUGGGGUUUCACGAGGAUGAGGAGUCGGAUUAUAGGGUGUGGGAGUGGCAUGGGCAUAUUAUGCUUUUCGAUGAGGAGAAUGGGUAUACUCCUGAGUAUAUUUAUGGGAAUUAUUUCGAGAGGUUGCCUGUGAAGGUGUUGAAGAGUGGUGGUGGAGGGAAGGAGAAGAAGGAGGUGAAAGAAGAGGAGGAGAGUUUGGGUUUGAGAGAGUUGAUUGAUGGUGGAGAUUGUGAUCGUGGUAGGGUUCUUCAUAGGAACAUCAACAUCGGUUCCUCAAGGGCCUAAAUUCGUAGGAGCACUUGGCAGUGAGAGGUCACAUUGCUCAGGAAGAUUUCGGAUGUGUGGACAAACAACUCAGGAUAGCGAAACAUAAUGCUUUGGUAGAUUUACGGGUUCUGUUCCGUUCUAUUUAAAACAGUAAACCCAUGGGUGAAUCACCUUUGUUUCUGAUCCAAAUUUACAAUACAUGUUGGUGAACAGAGCAAAGAUUACACAGGCUUAUGAUCAUUGAACCCAAAAGCUUUGAACUUUUCCUUUGUUUCUCUUUCUUGUCUUGAUGAAUCACUCAUUUUCCAAUACUACUGCAGCUGCAAUGUAACUCCAGUUUCCGGUACGAGGAUGAUA